AUGGUGCCAACGAAAGACGCCAUGGCCAUUUACAAACGUGCCAUGGAGCUCACAGACGAUCAGCCACAACGCUUGCCCAAGAUCGGAAGGCCGGUGUCGAAGUACUGCCCCAAGAAGAAGUCAAGGCAGUACAAGAACACAGUACUUACGUACAGCGAGCGGCUAAGCGUUAUUCAAUACUACGACACGUGUGGCAUGCAAUCAACUCUCUCUGCGUUCUACGGCAACCUCACCAUGACGGCACGCGAGACAAUGCGCAAGAAGAUCUACUCGUGCGUCGAGUGCACGUACCGCGUCAAAGAGGAACAGCUCGCCCAGUGGGUGCUCGACAUGCGCAAGGACGGCGUGCCAGUGACGCAGGCGAUGCUGCGAGUCAUCGCACUGGAGGCAGCGAUCGACCUAGGCAUAGAGGACCAUGAGUUUCUUGCUGGAUGGCACUGGAUCCACGGGGCCCUGGUGCUGGAGUACGACAUUGACUUAGUCUAUAAUGCCGACCAAACGUGUGUAAACUACGAGUACCUACCGACAAAAACGCUCAACACGGCUGGCGACAAGACCGUUUGGGUCAAGUGCGGUGGGAAGACCAAGGAGCGCGUGACGGCAAUGCUGUUGGCGGACUCGAACGGCACCAAGCUCCCCCUGUUCCUGGUUCUUCGCACGGCCAAGUCGAAAGUCGAAGCCGUCGUCAAGGAGAACUUGACCUAA